AACCAAAGUUAGUCUAGAAGAAAGUAAGCUCAAACGCACCAUUCUCAUCAUUUCAGUUAGGGUUUUUGCGAGUGAGAGAUGGGGCUCUCUCUGCGAUUAGCUCUGCCGUUCUUCGUAGCUUUUGUUUCGUUUCAGCAGCUCAGCGCCUCGGAUGAUGAUACGAUCUUUUACGACUCCUUCGAUGAGACCUUCGAAGGGCGAUGGAUCGUUUCAGAUAAAGAUGACUAUAAAGGUGUUUGGAAGCACUCAAUGAGUGAGGGGCAUGAUGAUUAUGGACUUCUUGUGAGUGAGAAGGCCAGAAAGUAUGCAAUUGUCAAAGAGCUCGAGAAGCCUGUGAGUCUUAAGGAUGAUACCGUCGUCCUCCAAUAUGAGACACGCCUACAAAAUGGGCUCGAGUGUGGUGGUGCAUAUAUCAAAUAUCUUCGACCCCAGGAGGCUGGGUGGUUGGCUAAAGAAUUUAACAACGAAUCACCUUAUUCUAUUAUGUUUGGUCCUGACAAAUGUGGUGCCACAAACAAGGUGCACUUUAUCCUGAACCACAAGAACCCAAGGAGCGGGGAGUUUGUUGAACAUCAUCUCAAGUUCCCACCCUCGGUUCCAUCUGACAAGCUGUCGCAUGUUUACACAGCCAUUAUAAAGCCUGACAAUGAGCUACGUAUUCUCAUUGAUGGGGAGGAGAAGAAGAAGGCAAAUUUCCUCUCAGCUGAAGAUUUUGAACCACCACUAAUUCCUGCCAAAACAAUCCCCGAUCCAGAUGAUAAGAAACCCGAGGACUGGGAUGAGAGAGCAAAAAUUCCUGACCCCGAUGCUGUGAAGCCAGAUGAUUGGGAUGAGGAUGCACCCUUGGAAAUCGAAGAUGGGGAUGCAGUGAAACCUGAAGGCUGGCUAGAUGAUGAACCUCUGGAGAUAGAUGAUCCUGAGGCAGUAAAACCUGACGAUUGGGAUGAUGAUGAGGAUGGUGAAUGGGAGGCGCCUAAGAUUGAUAACCCAAAGUGUGAUACAGCCCCAGGGUGUGGUGAAUGGAAGAGGCCAACAAUUAGGAAUCCGGCUUACAAGGGAAAAUGGCAUUCCCCACUCAUUGAUAACCCCAACUAUAAGGGCAUAUGGAAACCCCAGGAGAUUCCAAACCCAAAUUACGUUGAGCUUGACAAGCCUGACUCUGAGCCUAUUGCUGCCAUUGGUAUUGAGAUUUGGACCAUGCAAGAUGGUAUACUGUUUGACAAUAUUUUGAUUGCAAAAGAUGAAAAGGUGGCAGAGUCCUAUCGGGAAACCACUUGGAAGCCAAAAUUUACAGCGGAGAAAGAGAAACAGAAGGUGGAGGAUGAAGCUGCUGGUUCAGAUGGUGCUCUUGCAGGCUUCCAGAAGAAGGUGUUCGAUUUCCUAUACAAGAUUGCUGAUAUUCCAUUCUUGAGUUCGCAUAAGCUUAAAAUUCUUGAUAUAAUUGAAAAGGGAGAGAAGCAACCCAAUCUUACCAUUGGGGUCCUCGUCUCUAUUGUUGUGGUCAUUACCACCAUUUUAUUUAAGAUUAUCUUUGGAGGAAAGAAGCCGGCAAAGGUAGAGCCAAAAGCCAGUGUUGCUGCUGAGACAUCCAACAAAGAAGGAGCCAGUGAAGAGAAAGAGGAAGAGAACGAGAGGGAAGAUACCGGUGCUGCUCCACGCCGGAGAAGAAGUGAGAACUAAGAUAUGAAAGUGAGGGCUUGUGGCUAUGGUAUUUCACUUUUGGGAGAAACAAGGUUUAUAGUCGUUUCGUAGUUAGAGAUUCUUGACUGUUGGUAUUUUUUGUUGCAGCUUUCUUUUGAAACAUGAUGAUGUGUGAAGAGUGUAAAUGCGACAAUCGAUUAGGCCUUUCGUUUUAUGCCUCGAAGUUUGUCUGCUGAGAAUUUUAAGGGUAAUGAACACUCCGAUAGUUUCUUACACACUAAAAACUGCUAAUAUGAGUGAGAGUUUCUUAUUCUUGCCUCUUUCUUUACAUCCAAUCGCUCUGGCCUGCUAUCGAAGGGAUCAUACUACUGCAUUUCCCGAGCAAGAAGUACGUAUUCCCCAGUGCUGCUUUCUGCCUUCUCUUCGUAGUACCCUCUGUGAGCUUGUGGCUGAGGGCUUAGUAUGCUUUUGCCUACCUCGUAAACAAUGUAUGGUUUUGACUUUUGAGACAAUCAAAUUUUAAUUUCAUGAAA